AUGGUUCAGGGUUCAUAAACACUGUUGAAAUUUGUGCUCUUUUUUAAAAUCCUACAAAAAGCUUUUUGUUUUUUUUUUAAAAAAAAAAGAAAAAUUAAAUUGUGCUUACACGGGCUGCCUUGUGUAGUUGUUGGUCACAAAUGUGAGAAAUCUCACACUGCAAAAUCAGCCAGGCGCUUGACGUUGUUGUCACACGCACGCUUCUCGCUCCGGAACGACGAGUCAGUAUGGCAAAUCUUGAGCAGUGGGUGAGCGAUCGUCUCCAUGACAUCUUGGGUUUGAGCGAUAAGUAUGUCGCCCAGUUUAUGAUUGGAUCGGCCCGCCGAUCCUCUGGGCCACAGGACUUUCUGUCCCGCCUCCGAGAGACGGGCACCAUCGACAUUGACCAGAAUGUGGCUGCCUUUGCCCAGGAAUUAUUUGAGAAGAUCCCCCGCAAGCAAGAGGUAGAAAGGCCUGCACGAGCCAUGGAACGGCAGAUCCUGGAAAUGGAGAAGAAGAACCGCACGUACACAUUACUAGAGGACAGUGACAGUGGUGGAGAGGACGUGAAAGAGAGGUCGAAAGUUAAAAAAGACAAAGACAGAGCAAAGAAGCGAAAACACCUUAGGAAGAAGCAGGAGGAGAGCCCAUCAUCCAGUGAAGAUGAAAAGACCAAAAGCACAAAAAUGGCUCCCAAAGAGGAAAAUGUACAUGAGGAAACGGAAGAGGAGUGGGAGAAAGAGGAGAGAGAGAGAUUGCAGGACCUUGAAGAGAGAGAUGCUUUUGCAGAACGAGUCAAACAAAAAGACAAAGAAAAGACUCGACACAUACUGGAGAGGAAUGACAAGAAGGCCUAUGAAGAGGCUCAGAAGAGACUGAAGAUGGCAGAAGAGGAUCAGAGAAAGAUGCUCCCAGAGCUGAGGAAGAAGUCCCGGCGGGAAUAUCUGUCAAAGCGAGAGGCUGAGAAACUGGAGGACCUGGAGGCAGAGAUUAUCGAUGAGGAGUACCUCUUCUCAAAUCACACGCUGACAAGCCAAGAGAAGGAGGACCUGGACUACAAGAAGACAGUCCGGGACCUGGCCAAGGAGUACAAGAAGGCCGGAGCCAAGGAAAAAGAGGAACGCAAGAAUAGAUACUACAUGCCAGAGGAGAAGAGAAGCAAGACGGUUCCUGAGCGAGAUCUGGAGCUGGAACUGGAGGAGGGGAGCCAGGAGAUUGGUGGGGAGCAGGCCCGCUGGGAGGAGGAACGGCUGGGUGCAGCCUCCUUGCACUUUGGGGCCAAAGCUGAGAGGGAACGUGGCCUGAAGGAGGAGAGUGAGAAGUAUCAGCUGGUGCUGGAAGAGGAUGAGAUGAUAAACUUUGUGAGUGCCGUCACCAUGAAGGGCACACUGAUGGAGAAGGAGAACAGCGAGCCUGUCUUGUCCGAAGCUGAGAAGCAAAGGCAGUCCAUUCAGGAAGUCCGUCGGAGUUUGCCUGUUUUCCCAUACAGAGAGGAUCUCCUGUCUGCCAUUGAUCAGCAUCAGGUUCUCAUCAUUGAGGGAGAAACAGGCUCUGGCAAGACCACACAAAUUCCACAGUACCUCUUUGAGGAGGGUUACACAAACAGAGGGAUGAAAAUUGGAUGUACUCAGCCCAGGAGGGUGGCAGCCAUGUCCGUGGCAGCCAGAGUGGCACAGGAAAUGGGCGUCAAGCUUGGCAAUGAGGUGGGGUACAGCAUCAGGUUUGAAGACUGCACCUCAGAGCGUACUGUCUUGAAGUACAUGACAGAUGGAAUGCUGCUCAGAGAGUUCCUCACUGAACCAGACCUUGCAAGCUACAGUGUGAUAAUCAUUGAUGAAGCCCACGAACGGACUCUUCAUACUGAUAUCCUGUUUGGCCUGAUCAAAGACAUUGCUCGAUUCCGACCGGAUUUGAAGGUCCUGGUUGCCAGCGCCACUCUCGACACAGAGCGCUUUUCCUCCUUCUUUGAUGAUGCACCUGUCUUCAGGAUACCUGGAAGAAGGUUCCCUGUGGACAUAUAUUACACCAAGGCCCCUGAAGCAGAUUAUCUGGAAGCGUGUGUGGUCUCAGUGUUACAGAUCCAUGUUACCCAGUCCCCUGGCGAUGUGCUGGUCUUCCUCACAGGACAGGAGGAAAUUGAGGCCUGUUGUGAGCUUCUGCAGGACAGAUGCAGACGUCUGGGUUCCAAGAUUCCUGAGCUUGUUAUCCUCCCUAUUUAUGCCAAUUUGCCCUCAGAUAUGCAGGCAAAGAUCUUCAAUCCUACCCCACCAGGUGCUCGAAAGGUUGUAGUGGCCACGAACAUUGCAGAGACCUCUUUAACCAUUGAUGGCAUCAUUUACGUCAUCGAUCCUGGGUUCUGCAAGCAGAAGAGCUAUAAUGCCCGGACGGGAAUGGAGUCCCUUAUCGUUACACCCUGUUCUCGGGCCUCUGCCAACCAGCGUGCCGGACGAGCAGGCAGAGUGGCUGCUGGGAAGUGUUUCCGGCUCUACACAGCUUGGGCUUUCAAGCACGAGAUGGAGGAGACAACUGUGCCAGAGAUCCAGAGAACAAACCUGGGCAAUGUGGUGCUGCUGCUGAAGAGCUUGGGAAUUAAUGACCUCAUUCACUUUGACUUUAUGGAUCCACCUCCUCACGAGACCCUUGUGCUAGCUCUGGAGCAGCUCUAUGCCCUAGGUGCACUCAACCAUCUUGGAGAACUCACAAAGUUAGGUCGUAGAAUGGCAGAGUUACCUGUGGACCCCAUGCUGAGCAAGAUGAUCCUGGCUUCAGAACAGUAUAAGUGCUCAGAGGAAGUUCUGACCAUUGCUGCUAUGCUGUCUGUGAACAACUCAAUCUUCUAUCGACCCAAAGACAAGGUGGUCCAUGCAGAUAAUGCUCGGAUGAACUUUGUCGUGCCUGGCGGAGAUCACUUGGUGCUCUUGAAUGUUUACAAUCAGUGGGUGGAGAGUGGUUACUCCACCCAGUGGUGCUACGAGAACUUCAUCCAGUUCCGCUCCAUGCGUCGAGCAAGGGAUGUUAGGGAACAGCUCGAGGGGCUGAUGGACAGGAUAGAGGUGGACGUGUGCAGCUGCAACGAUGACAGCGUGCCGAUCCGGAAGGCAGUAACCGCCGGGUAUUUCUACCACACUGCACGGAUCACUAAAGGGGGAUACAAAACAGUGAAGCACCAGCAGACAGUCUAUGUUCAUCCUAACAGCUCCUUGUUUGAGGAGCAGCCCCGCUGGCUUAUUUACCAUGAGCUGGUAUUCACAACCAAGGAGUUCAUGAGACAGGUCAUAGAGAUCGAUAGUAGCUGGCUGCUGGAAGUAGCUCCUCACUACUACAAGAACAAAGAGCUGGAGGACAGCAGUAGCAAGAAGAUGCCUCGUAAACAGGGAAAGGCUCGCGAGGAGCUUGGGUGACCAAGGAAGGCACUUGACUAUGAAACUGUGCUGAUAUACGGAGAGGAUCUCAGCAGGCUUGGCUGAAAUCAGGACUAACAAUGUGGUAGGCAAGAGCCAGAUGUGGUGGGAAGCAAAAGUACGAAGCUAAAUUCCCAAAUGCUGAAAAAGUUACUAAAGAAAUCACUUUGGUUUAUGUUGGACAAAAAGGAAAGGUGUUUUAUUUGACUGAGUAGAGGCUCCUCCUAAUUUGAAUUUGAGUGAUUCAUAACAUGCCUUCAGGACAAAGACUUGUCAUGUGACAACCCCAUUCCCAGCAUUUUCCACAGUAUUGUGGCUAAAGGCAGAAAAAACUGGUUUGCAAGGAAUGCUGUGGACACCAGUCUCUCAUCUGUAAAGAUACUUGUAGGUAACAAAAGGUUAAGGAGAGCAGUAACAUCCUGAAUACAACAAGUUCACUCAGCACAAUCUGCAAAAAUAAUCAUCUGCGUCUGACCUACCAGCAGCUGUUCUUGUGGGGUUGUAUUGCCACCAAUACUCAUUAUGUUCAACUUCCAGCUUUAACUGAUGUCAUAAUUAUCUUUUUUAAUCUGGAUCAUGUGCACAGUACUUUUAUCUUGUAUUUUUCCAGUAUUCACCUACUGCUAUGUGGAGCUAACAGGUUCCGCAGGUUUUUACAGGACUGUGCUCAUUUCUGGCAAGUGUUCGAUUUAAAUAAACACCAUAAACUGAACAU